CCCCCCCCCCCCCCCCUAGAAGUAUUGUCUUACUUACCGUUGGCUAUAGCUCACUCCCAAGAUGCGUGCUUAAUAUUCCUGUUCCGGUGAUGUAUUUAUUUGAGUAUUGUUAACGUCAAAGUUGCACGUGUUAGGAAACCAGGAGUGUGGUGUCACUAUUAGAAGUAGUAACAAGUUGAGGGGGUGACACGGAAAUCCUUGCUUACUUUCUGAAUGUCAUUUCGUUUUCCUGUAGUAGAGAGUAUCUCAUGAAAUUGCACAUCCUCCUUUUUAAUCAUGUCCUCUGUUUUGGUUACCCUCAAUAAUGGUUGUUCUGCAGAUUCUUCGGGCAUCACAGGAUACUAUGUAGUAGCAUAGUUUUGGGCAAUCCAUUAAUAUAGAAUAAAAGAAUAAUAACCAAGAUUUUAUCCUAUUAUUUGUGAAAAUGUAUAGGUAAGAGAUGGUUGAAGAGAGAGAAUGAGCAAGUGUAUUCCGAAUUUACAUACCCAUUACAAUGAGGUGCUUGUCCAUUUAUACAGUAGACAAGUCAGGGAAUAAUAGUACAAUACCCUAGUACAACUUUUAGACUAAUAAUGUAACCAUUUACGUUUUCCAUGUGUGAUUCAGUCUUUCCCUUCUUUGGAAGUUUGUUGAGUGAAAGAGAAUUUGUUGUACAUAGUCCUUUAAAAUAAUGGAGUAACAUUUUGCUUGGUCUAUCCAAAUACCACGUUGCUAUUGUUUUUGAGAGAUGCUAAAAAUUGAGAGAGAAUUUUCUGAAAAGGAAUUCAAAUCAGUCCUAAUGAUAAACUGGCUCCCAAAGCUUAUAAAUAUGUUUUUGGGUAUAAUCCUAAUUUCCCGAGAAAAUAACGAACAAGAACUACGAUCACCUGCUGAUCACAAAAAAAAGAAGAAGAAGAACUACGAUCACCUUAUUGGGGAUAAAUUAGUUCCACCACAAGGGAAUGGAAUCCAAGCAGCCAAACAGACCCUUUCAGUGGGGUUCUGACUUCAGAUUCAAAAAUCAGUUUGGUGGUUGUGGGUUUACUUAGGGUUUUGUCGGGCUACUGGGUAUAAUGCUGAAAGGGGAAAGGAUGGCGAAGAGGUCUUCUUUUGGGAUUGGGAGUGUAGUAAGGAAGAGGCUAUCAGAUAUUACAAACUCAAUCCCACAACCCAAGUCCCCUUUCCCCGAUAAAAAGCUCUCACCGACCGAUUCCUCGGAGAAGGAGCACAUUGAUCAUCUUGUCAAGGAAAAUAUUGCACUGGCGAAACUUAUUGCAGACAAGAAUAAAAUUAUCGAAUUCACGGGGAUAGAGUUGCAGAAGAUGCGAGUUAGUCUUCAGAAAAUGCAGAUGCAAAAUUGGAACCUUGCUCAAUCCAAUAGCCAUAUGCUAGCGGAGCUUAAUUUAGGUAAAGAUAAGUUAAAAGCACUACGGCAUGAGAUCGUGUGCAAGGAUGCCGUGAUCAAAGCAAAGGAUUUGGAACUUGAGGGAAAAGCACAGGUGAACAACAGUCAGAAGAACUGCUCUCAGGAAGUAGACGAGGUAGCAGGCGAACAUAAAGCUGAUGAUAAUACUAAACUUUGUAAAGGCCCCAAAAGACGCCCAACUAGAAGUCAAUCUAUGGGCCCUUCAACCACCACAUCUCAACAAGUUGCUGAAAAAGAGGCGUCUGAAAGCAAAAGACGAUGUUUGAGAAGGCAAUCUGCUAGGUUUAUUUCCCAACCACACGAACCCACAGAUAACUUGUUCGAGAUAGAAGUUGCUAAAUUUCUAGUUCCACCACGUUCAUCUGUAAAAAAAGGAGAGAACGACGAAAAUUGUGAGCCAAUAUUUGAAGCUCGAGAAUCUCGAAGAACUUCUCUUGGCAGACCAGUGCGGAGAGCAGCAGAGAAGGUUCAGUCCUACAAGGAAGUUCCUCGUAAUAUCAAAAUGCGGAGAUCAGAAUGAGCCUAAUCCGUGACAAGAGACUCUGAAGUCAUGGACUGAUUUCUAAUGUCCUUGUUAUUAUUGUUUCUCUUGACAUCUGUUUGUAGAUUAUGAAACUCUAGUUAGUUGACUUGGAUGUUAUGUCAUGUUAUUGUCAAGGUUUGUUAUUGUCUGAGCUAGUGUUAAUGUGUCCGAGCCAGCUUACGCGCACAUCGACUAAUCCGGGGUCAAUGUCAGUGUUAAUAGUUGCUAUGAUGGUGAACAACAUUGACCCCUAAAGUUUUGCGUAAAUCUGUAAUCCCCACAUAUGUUCCUCUACAUCGUACUUGGCGAGUGUAUGUAUUCAGUUGCGCUGUCCUAUUUUACAGCUCCAUUUUGUAUCA